AUGUUCCACGAAGGAAGCUUACAAAGCGGCAUCAGCCUCGCUAUCCAGGAACAGAAGCUCGUAGCGUGCUUUGUGCGAGAUGAUGGUUUGGAGAGCGCAGCAUGGGAGAACGACUGGCUGCAGAGUGGCUGGAUAGCGAAUCUGCUUGUCCAAAAAGCGAUCCUUCUGCGCAUCGAAGCCGGCUCCACUGAAGCGGGCUUUCUCUCCGCCUUCUGUCCGGUCCAAGAUGCGCCCGCUUUCAUUGUGAUACAGAAUGGCCAGCUGCAGGAGCAGCUCGUGAACGGCAUAUCCAAAGACGAGUUUAUCAACAGGAUACGGAGAGUCCUCGGCGCACCUCCGAUCCCAGGCGCAGCGCAGCCCGCUGCUGCUACGACCACCCCGCAAGCACCCUCACCAGAACCUGCAGAAGCCUCAUCGCCCGCUGAGCCCGCAUCGCAGUCGAGAACGCCGGACCCGCGCUCCGUAUCGUCUACACCUCCUCUUUCAGCAAAAGCGAAAGGCAAACAGAAAGCCACAGAGCCAGAACCGACACCCGAGGUCUCCGCUACAAAUGCUGCGCGGCAGACCGCGCGCGAUGCGCUGCGCAAGAGGAAGCACGAAGAGAAGGAGGAGCUAGCCCGCAUCAAAGCGCGGAUAGAAGCAGACAAAGCAGAACGCAAGGCACAGGCUGAAGCACGAAGAGCGGAACGAGAGCGGCAGGCGCAGUCAUCACCUACAACCUCACAGUUUCCGACUACGAGAAGUACGAAAGGCUCGCAGGCAAAGGAGGUGCACCUCAACGUCAGGCUAUUUGACGGCCAUACCAUCCGCUCCACGUUUGCCCGCACCGCCAAUCUCCAAGAUGAUGUGCGGCCUUGGAUAGAUCAAGAGUUCGCGGCGAAGGCUGAGAACCCCAGGGAGAGACAUCCACCGUACUUCUUCAAGCAGAUACUCGCCCCGUUGCCGAGUCGAGAGCUGUCGGCGGGCGACGAGAGUCAGACGCUCGGGGAUAUUGACCUGGCUCCGUCGGCGACCUUGGUCUUGAUCCCAGUCAAAGGAUACACGGAGGCAUAUUCAGGAGGUGCAGGAGGCAUUGUAUCCGGCGCCACUGGAAGUGUCAUGGGCUUGGUUGGAGGAGCGUUCAGCUUGGCCGGAUCUGCUCUGGGAUAUGUGGGAAGUACUCUGUCUUCGGUACUAGGGGGUGGAGGAGCAGACACAUCGCAAACGCCUCAGCAAGGUCAAGGCAGGACGGCCGGCGAGCAGCAGCAGCAACACCACGACGCCCCCGGUUCCUCGAGUAUCCGCGUACGCACCUUGGCAGAUGAGCGGGCACGGGAGCCGAGGAGCCAGCAGCUAUAUAAUGGGAACCAGGUGAGUCUUGGCCAACUCCAGAUGAAAAGAAGCGGGCUGGCUAACAUGUGUGGGAAGCUCAAUUUCGAGCCCCGAGACGAGGAUGCGAAUCGCUAAGGCGUGCUUCGAUUGUUU